CAGAAAAAAAAAGAAACUGAAAGUGGUGGACCAACUACCGAGCAGUGUCAUCAACAUAGUGCUGUGCCAUUCUCGAUUAAAAACGGCCCGCAACCACAAAUACUCCAAAAAUUGUUCGCGUAAUUCUUAAAAUUGCAGAAGGUUUAACAACAAAAAAAGAUAAAUGCGGUUGAUGGCGUUGUGUUUAAAAUAUGAAUCGAAAGACACGAGAACAAAAUGAUAUUUCCAUAAUCAUUGGAAACUUGCCCAAACGACUCCAGGACAAAAUCAUCAUACGCGAGGGAAGCAGCGAAUCAAGUGCAAAUACAACAGACACAUCAAACAAAACAGACGGUAUCAGAAGCAAUGUUUCCGAGGGGAAUGAUGGAUUAUUGCAGGCACAUAGAUCAGGAGAUGCCAACGAAAAGGGGCCACCGCCAGUGGACAGUGAAGUGACAGCCAUUGACUACUUUUUGCGCUUGCCUGCCAGUAUUGUCGAAGGAGAACGCAAAGAAAUUGCCAAUAACCCUGUCUUGGAUUCCAGCGGGGCAUUGGAAAACGCAUUGCCUAUAAAAAUGAAGCAAAUAUGUAAUAUGGAUACUGAGCAAAUUACGGGAAAUGCAUCGCUCAUAAAAAUUAAUCAAAAGGAUAAUGUGGACGCUGAGCCAAAUAUUUCUGUGCCUGGAUUAAUACGUCUCAAUGCCGAAAAUGUAAAAAAACUGAACGAAGGGCGACCAACGACGUCGUCAAAUGCACACGGCGCCCGUAAUUACGAACGACGAAAUAGACACCAGACGAGACAGGAUGUUUUAGCUUUGUCAAAAAUUGGAAUACCCAUGUCGCCAGUGAGACAGCUUCAGAAGGUUAAUCAUCCCAAUUGGUUUAAAGCAUUAGAUGGUGAAAUAAGCAAAAAGUUACCUCCGAUGUUUGAGGCACUACAGAAGUUAAUAAAUAACAAUCAAGUUAUCGAGAACUGGGAAAGUGUUUGUUCACUACGAAUAGAGCUACAACAGAUUUUGAUACAACUAUUGUUAACGAACCUAAAAUUUUGUUGCGAAGAAAAAGUCGAUUCCUUUUUUUGGAAAAUACUUUUUUACAACGUGCGAGAGCAUUUGAAGCGGCUACAGCAUGAAAUGCAGGCGGUGGAAUGCAUACGCGUUAUUAUUGACGAAGGUAUUGACUUCUACGAUCGAAUUAUUAAAAAAUUGCAAGACAAAUACCUUUCUGAGAACACGAAUUCAGACUUUUUGCAAAACGGCAUAUAUUCAUCACAACGCUCGCUGCAAAAACUAGAGUUUAUUGCAAAAGUAAUGACCCAGAAAUUGCUGAUAAGUUUAGGUGAUCUCUGGCGCUACAAAAUCAAGGACUCCCAAGGACAGGAUUAUACAGAAGCAGAGAAAUACUAUCGGAAUGCUCAAGCCCUGGUUCCAGCAAACGGUGUUCCCUAUAAUCAGUUAGCUAUAGUAGCAAUACUCAAUCGUAAAAAAUUUGAUGCCAUAUACUUCCAUAUGCGUAGCUUAAUGUCUUCCAAUGCCGUCUAUUCAUCCAAGGAGUCUCUCUUAGUCUUAUUUGAUGAGCUACGGAAAAAGUAUGAGGAAACGGAAUUAAAGUCAUCGCCAGUGCAUUGCAAUAACCAUAACGCUCAAUCUAAAAACAUGCGCAAAGAAGUGUGGAUAUGCCCCAAUGGCACGAGGUUAUACCGCACAGAUUCUAAUGGCAAUAAUAAUUAUAAAUUUGCCAUUAGCGAAGAAAAACGUUUCAAAGAAAUGUCAUCAGAGGAGUUGUUGAGGCGUAUUACUUCAUUGUAUCUGUACAUCAUUGGAAAACUUUUUAAUGGCAUUGGAAUGGAAACUAUUGUAGAACACCAGCGAAAGUUAUUCAUGCAAUUAAGUGUUUUGUUAGAAAUGGGAAAAAUUGCAUUAACGCGAGCAAGACUUUUAAAAAUGCUGACACUGAACAUAUUUGUGAUAGAACACAAUUUAAAUAAAGAAACCCGACGAUACCACGCAUUUAACUUCUGCAAUCAGUUUUUAGGUUUGAUGCUUCGUAAAACUUAUUCGUUGCUGAAAGUCUCAAAUGGAAAUCUGAAAGACCUCGAUGAUGAAAAAUUCGUAGAUUUAACCACAGUUCUUCAGUAUACAAGAAUAUAUGCAUUGUGGUUAAAACACCAUGUUGACAUUUGGGAACCCUUAAAAAAUGAAGAGCACAUAUAUGUGAGCUGUUGGUUCGAACUUGAAAAACUUAUUCAUUUACUUAAGAACGAUCAUUUAACUGACAUUUCUGACGACAAUGUUAAGUUCGAAGAAGAUAUAUUUUUAGCUGGGUUUACACCAACAAACUCUUUUAUUCCCAAGCUGCGUGAUGGACAAAUAUCAGACGAAAGUUUACAACUCAAUGCACGCUUAAAGGCGCUGCAAAAUUUUGGACUCUUUUAUGAGGAAAACAAGGCCCGUUUGAAGAACAUUGAAACAUCACAUUUUGUAAACGAAGUAUUGAAUUCGGAUAUUAAGCAGGCGUUGGAUGAUUUGCAAAGUAGUCAAUCAAUAAACUCCACGCUAAAAAUUAAAAGUCUUGAUGGCAAUGAUAAUGACUUAAAUUGUAACAUUGAUGGUGAUGUUUACGAUGACGAAAAUAAUGACGAGAAUAUGGUUGUCAAUGGAGAUGCUCUGCAGGUCAAAAAUUGUAACAGCCCCCUAAAAAGCCAUCCUAAUGUAAAACUAGAAAAUGAGCAGUUAUCACAAUUAUCGAAGUUGAAAAAGGAAUUGGAAGCAAAAUCACAAGUUAAAAAUAUGUAUUCCAAUAAAUUAGAGGAAAUUUUGAAAUAUGUUGACACUAAGCUAUAUAUCGAAGUAAGGCCAAAGUAUUUAUUGCCGGAUACAAAUUGCUUCAUUGACUGCCUAGAAGAUUUCGAAAGAAUUGUCAAUGAAUUCAAACGCUACACAUUAAUUGUACCAUUAACAGUUGUAAAGGAACUAGAUGGUCUGUCAAAGGGUGUAAAAGUCGAAUCCUUUCAAGAAAUCGUCCAGAAACAUCGUAUACAUCACUAUGACGACGUGUCCACUAGGGCAAAGAAGUCUUUGGAUUUUAUAAAAACAGCAAAAAAUCAUGUGAAAUGUGCCACUACCAAAGGAUCUAUUAUUAAUGCCUCUCUUUUUGCAUUGGUGAAGGAAGAACAUGUUUCAAACGACGAUAAAAUCUUAGCAACUGCUGUGGCGAUGUCGAAAACAAUGAGUUGUGAAACAAGUAAAGAUGGCAAAUGUUUAAUUCAAACUGAGCUGGUUCUUAUUACAACCGAUCGCAAUCUUCGUGUUAAAGCAUUGUCGCGUAACUUGACAGUUAGUGAGCUACCGGAAUUUAUACAAUGGGCCAAAGACUGCAACUAAGAAAAAAUGAGUGCUUCAAUUUUUGUAUUCUUGUCUUGUUCUUAAACUGUAGCUGUAUGAAAUCAAAACAUAUUGUUAACAUUUAAAAAAAAAACCCAUCCCAUCUGAUGAAAAGUUUUCGAACAUUUUUAUAUACACAUAUAUAUAAAAGUUUUUUACCUAUAUAUAUAUAUAUACAAAGAAACAAGCACAUACAUUAACCCUAAUGAGAUCCAUUUUCUCUUUAGAUGUGCGUACAUAAACAUGGUCAUGUAUGCAGUAGUUAAAAAAGUUACCGCAAAGCAAUGAAGACAUUUUAUAAUGUAGUAUUUAUAUAUGUAUAACUCAUUUUAAAAUUGAUCUUUGUGGUAAAUUUCAAAAAGUCGUAAAAUAUCGUUUAUUUAUCGUGUUUGGUACACCAAACCUUUAACCUUUUCCUUUGAUAACAAGAAAGAGAAAAUAAAAUUUCCUUAGUCUUGUAAGAGUUCGUAAAUGUUAUUAGUGUAUUGCAAAUAUUCUGUUUCGAAGUACAUAUAAGUUUUGUGUCUCCUUCUGCUAAAUUGAAU